AGCGAGGAGCAGAUGAGAAAAUAGCAUCCAUCUAAGAAGGAGCAGCGAAAGAAGUCCUCUCCACUGUCACAUUUCUCUUAAGUAUAUAUAGUUACAAAUCAACGAUCCUUUUUGAUCUUCCCGAGUUUGUGUAUUCGUGAAUCUAAACACACAGGGCGAUAGAAAUGUCAAAAUCCUCGUCAAGUUUCAUCAUCAGAUACCUCCACCAUCACCACCAUCGUCACAUCCCAUCAAAACCCUCACCACCCACAUACCCAAAUUCCUAUAAUGGCAUCUCACAACUUCUCUCUCAUCACCACCCAAAUCUCACUCCAUGGAGAACCCACUUCUCAUCAUCAUCAAUACCAAGAAUCUUCCAAAACCCACCAAAUCAAUUGACCCCACAACCCAAUUUGUUGCUCAAUAGAAGCUUUCUAGGGUUUAGGUACUUCAGUUUCAAGAAUUCAGAACUGGGUACUAAAAUUAAUGGGAAUUUUGCUAAGAAUGCUGUCAAGAAUCCAACUUCUGCGGUCCGGGAUGCGUUUUCGCGGUACCAGGAGGCGGUUGGGUUGCAAAUUGAGGCGUUCUGGAAGAGGAAUUCUCUGGUGCUUUGGGGUGCAGGAGGGCUUAUGGUAUGCAUUUUGCUGUGGAAGGCUUUGUUUGGGGUAGCCAAUAUGUUUAUUGGGUUAUCUGAAGGCAUGGCUAAGUAUGGGUUUCUCGCUCUUUCCAGUGCUAUUGUGGCAUUUACAGGCUUGUAUCUCCGUUCAAGAUUCACGAUCAAUCCUGAUAAAGUUUAUAGAAUGGCCAUGAGGUGGCUUAAUACAAAUGCUGGAAUUCUUGAGGUUAUGGGUGCCCCUCUCACUGGGACUGAUCUGAGAGCAUAUGUGAUGUCAGGAGGAGGGAUUACGCUCAAGAAUUUCAAGCCAGGGCUCAGGAACAAAAGAUGUUUUCUUAUAUUCCCAAUACAAGGUUCUGAAAGAAAAGGUCUAGUGAGCGUUGAAGUCAAAAACAAAAAGGGCCAGUAUGAUAUGAAGUUAUUAGCAGUGGACAUUCCCAUGGCAACAGGGCCAGACCAGCGUAUAUAUAUUAUUGGGGAUGAAGCAGAGUACAGGGUUGGUGGUGGACUGAUUUCUGAACUCAGAGAUCCUGUUGUGAAAGCGAUGGCAGCAGUGAAGGAGUUUGAAGAUCACGACAAAAGGGAAGACGAGGAAGAUGCUAAAAGAGAACUUCAGGAGGCAGAAAGAAGACACAAGGAAGAAAUUGAAAAGCUUGAAAAGGGUAGCUAAUGGCGGUGAGAUUGUUCACACACAUUGUGUUUCUUUGCUGUUCUUGUUUUGUUUUGUUUUCACUGGAGUUGUUUAAAGGAGACCCAAGGCUUUGACUGUGCGAAGAUAAAAUGUAAUGUUACCUUACAUCUGUACUAGAGUUGCGAGGGUUACAUUUGUUGGGGAUAAUAGUUUUUCGGUAACUUUAAUUUGAAAUUAAAGCGGGAUUUAACCGCCAGUUGAGGUGGGUCUGAGUGGUUUUGUAUUCUUUUAGUGAAAAGAUUGCAAUACAAAAAUAAUGAGCUGAAAUCAUUAAGUUAUGAA